GAUGAAGGUGGUAGAGACAAAAUUUGAGUUUAUUUCCAUUUCUUUAGCCUGGAAAUCUCAUUUCCCUUCCUCUCUUUCCCUCAAAUUUUAAGACUGGGAAGGGCCAGGGGCAACUAGUCAAAGGGGCAACUUUCAAAGCUCCGCAAAAUGCCUUAUUUGUUCUUUCUUCUGGCCAUAUUCAGCUUUGGUUUGUUCAGUGAGAAAAUGUAUCAACGCAAGGACCCUCUUAUCAGUUCUGUGCACACCAAAGUUAAAGGCGUAGCAGAAGUAAGCAUAGGGAACAAGACCAGAGUGUUGGACAUUGCAGACUACACCCUUCCCUCACAGGGAAACUCAUUCUUCGUGAUUACUAACUUUCUAACCACGGAAGGCCAGACGCAGGGAAUUUGUCCUGAGUAUCCCACCAACAAGACUUGCUGUUCUUCUGAUCAGGACUGCCAAAAGGGGAAGAUAGACCCACUGAGCAAAGGAGUUCAAACAGGAAAAUGUCGAGAAUACAAUUUGACCAGAGACAACCCAAAGAUCCGCAGCCUCCCAGAUACCUGCAAGCACCGAAAGACCUGUGAAGUCUCUGCCUGGUGUCCCAUAGAGGCAAAGAGGGAAACUCCUCGGCCGGCACUCCUGGCCAGUGCUGAAAACUUCACGGUGCUCAUAAAGAACAGCAUUCACUUCCCAAGGCACAACUAUAGCACAUAUGCCAAAUACUACAAGGAAGAGGGUAUAGAAAAAAGGACUCUCAUCAAAGCUUUUGCAAUCCGAUUUGACAUUCUGGUUUUUGGCACGGGAGGAAAAUUUGACAUCAUCCAGCUGAUCAUGUACAUUGGCUCCUCUCUGUCCUACUUUGGUGUGGUGAGCAAUUUUAUUUUCUACACUUCUGAAACCGUUUCGGUUCGAGAACAGUUCUAA